GGCGAGCUACAGCGAGGAGAGAGGGGCAGAGGGGCCCGGCCCAGGGGCGAGGGGGAGUGGAGUUGAACUUCGCAUUCGCUCGGUGGGGCUCGGAGGCUUGGCAGUCGUCGCGGCCCGGUCGACACAGGAGGAGGCCACAAGGCAGGCUCGACGCUCGGUGUGGUAUUGAGUGCGGAGCGGCCGUCGAGCGAGGACGGGACGUGACGGUGUGACGGUCGUGUUGUGCGCGCGGCUCGAGACAUGGCUGCGAGUUCCAACGGGAGCCUGGAGCCGGGCAGUGCGGGCGGCGCGGGCAGCGCCGCGAACAUGAAGGCGCCCGAGAUGACAGCCGACGGGCAGACGAGGAACAGCAGCGCGGGGCCCGAGGGCAAGCCGAGCGAGUACCUGCGCGAGCUCAUGGACGAGAAGCACAAACUGGACAGUAGUCAGUGGCCCAACGCCGCCCGGCUUCUAGAUCAAGAAGUCGCCAAGGCGCACACCCAGGGUGGCAAGGCAAUCAAAGAAACCAAAUACGUGGACAUCUAUAGGGAAAAACCGAUCAAAGUCAGCGUGAAAGUUUUAGUCCCCAGCAAGGAGCAUCCAAAGUUCAACUUUGUUGGCAAACUGCUGGGCCCAAAAGGAAACUCGCUCAAGCGACUUCAGGAGGAGACUAUGACCAAAAUGGCUGUGCUCGGUAGAGGAUCCAUGAAGGACAGAACGAAGGAGGAGGAAUGCCGGAAUUCACUGGACCCCAAGUACUCGCAUCUCAGCGACGACCUCCACGUCGAGAUCUCUGCCAUGGCGCCUCCGGCCGAGGCGCACGCCAGGAUAGCCUUCGCGCUGGCCGAGAUCCGGAAGUACAUGGUACCUGACAGCAACGACGAAAUCCGCCAGGAGCAGUUCCGGGAGAUGGAGAUGUACUCGCCGGAGGGUAACGGCGUGCGGGGGGGGCCUGGCGCCCGCGGGGGCCCCCGGGGCCGCGGUGGCAUGAUGAGGGGCGUGCCCCCGGCGCGGUUCCCCCCGCCCCCGAUGCGCGGCGGGGCCGUGUCCCGCGGCGGCGCCCUCCUCUCCCCGCCCCACCCCCGGGCCCCGCAGCCCGCGCCCCUCCGGCCGCCCCCGCCGCAGGCGCUGCUGCCCCGGCCGCUGCCCGGCAAGACCAAGGUGCUGAGCAUCCUGGACCGCGCGCGCGUGGCCAUGGAGGAGUCCUACAGCUCACCUUACGACGACGACCCUUCAGCCGGCUUCUACGACGGCGCUGGGUACGGCGGCUACGACGACUACGACGAUGCAGCCAACUUCUACAGUGCCAGCGCAGGUUUCACAGAAGAUACCACUAACCGUUGGAAGGGGUACAAGGCGGCCGCUGGGUCCGUGACGCGCUUCGCGCCCCGAUCAACACCAUACAGCAGGCCGCCCAAGUAGUGAGUGAGUUUGUCUGUGAUGUGCUGAUGCGAUUCCAUGCUGAGACUCUACUCUUGGACUCUCUCAAAUUAGACAAAGUUAAGGGGGAAUUAAGAAAAAUAUGAAAGAGUAUAAAAUUGUCACUUUUGUUUUUCAUUGUUUCCAAUUGAUUCGUUUUUAAGUUUGUGACUAUUUUCGUAUUGACAAUUUCAAAGUUUAUGGUUGAGAGUGUCUAUAAUCUUAAUGCUAAUAAGGUCAUAUGCUAGUCAUGGUUACUUGAGCUAGCGGAUAUUUGAUUGUUAUGUUGGUUGUAUCUUCUUGUGUUAUGGGCGCAAUUGGACAAUGUAGCACGUGUCCCGUGGCACGUCCGGCAAGUGGCUGUCACAAAUGUGUUACGAGUUAAUGAAUUCCGUCACACCCCUCAUAUCCAGUCUUAGUACAUUUAAAAAUUAAAUUACGGCCUUGCAAGUUCGGGAACUUUUGAAAGCAAAGCUACAAUGUGCUGGACCAAUACGCACUCUUGAUUUAUUGGAGCGCUUAGUUUAAAACUGCGUUAAAAUUAUCACUGUGUGCUUGUUCUUCCACAUUUUAUACGCUAAGAGCAAGAGCAAGAGCAAAAUAAUUGCCCGUUCACAUUCCACAUAUGACUACGUCGUCAGCAUGCAUUGCCCUACUAAGUCAGUCAUACUAAGAAGUUUGACUUAGAUAAAUGAAGUCAAAUUUGAUAUUAUCGGAACUGAUUCAGCUUGCACUUAUGUAGCCUUGUGUUCCUGUCGGCUUCAGUUAGCUCAACUGUACAGUAAAUUGCAAGAUAUUUUGACUGCAAGCUGUCUUGUCAUCCCUCAUGAUAUAGUUCAGUGAUAUUUUUGUUGAAUGUAAUUAUGGGAAUGGAAGUAUGAUUAAAUUAGAGCUAAUGUCAGCUCCUUGUAUAUGCAUAUAUUCUCUUGUACAAAAGGUUAAAUAAUUUAAAAUACUUCGUCUAGAGUUUGUUACUUAUAUCCUGUUUCUGUUUUAAAAACACCCCUAAAUGAUAAAAAUGAAAAAACACACCCUAUCUUGUCCUACUUAUAAAUGCAUUGUUAAAACGGUGAUAUAUCGUAAGUCUUAAAACUGUAUAAUAAAAGUAAAACUCUAAAAGUACAUUCAGUGUUGAACAAUUAAAUAAACAUUUCAACAUGUCUGCCGGGAUCAAUAAGUGUAAAAAGUGUUUAAUUUGUGAUGAUGCACAAAGAACUUAAUCUUGCAAAACAAAAAAUUCACAAGAUUUUUUUCCUCCACGUAGUCGGCCCCUGUUUCUAUUGUGAUGACUCGCAGGUUUCCAUACCUCCACAUUUAAAUGUGUUCAGCACUGGAUUAAACAAACAUUGCUGUGUCAAAAAUGUACGAAUAUUGUUUAAAUUCUAUCUAAUAAAGAAUGAUAGAACGGUAAAA